GACGCGAGCAGCGAGCAAGAUAGUGAUCUCUUCAUCCAGGUCGACAAGGCCGAAGAACUCAAGAAAGCGGCAACGGAGAAGGACGGCAAACUCGUCCUGACCGUGACCAACAGCUUCUUGCAUGGCCAAGCCAAGGACGGCAAGAAACGAUGGCUCGUCUACCACGACCAAUCACGAAACCCAUUCCAGCACCGAUUUCACCAAGGCAUCCUCAAGAAGUACAUCCGGCUCGGCACGGAUACUGCCAGCAAGAUGGGAUUCUACGAUCUCACAGGAGUCACGGAUAUGGGUGCGGGCCUGAUCGGCGACCCGCUUAGAAAGAUGUAAUAACAAGUAGAAGAUGUUCAAUUUCCACGCAAAAUGAGAGUUCGAUAUUCCGAAUCCCUCACAUCCAGUGAAAUUUCCUGCCACCUCGCAUCAGCG